AUGUAUCUUCAAGACGCUAGUGAGAAGGAGCCACCAAUGGAGCACCCAGUCCAUUCAGAAAAGGUGGGGAAGAGACAAGAACAAAGACUCAAGCCCAUCAGGUUUAACCUCGCUGUUGAUCCUGAAGAAGGCAUUGUUAAUGGUGGUCCACCUCAUGUGGACCUUAUCAUUUUAGUUAAUUGUUUGCUGUUGAAUAAUCCACAGCCGGUUGCGAACACCAGGGAGGAGAGCAUCGACAAAAAUGAUAAUAUAACAGCGGCAACGGGAAACGCUGAGUAUUUCCUAGAGUCUAAUCUUCUAGAAGACGACAAGAAUACGGAACAGCCUGGAAGAAAAGUAACACACAAUACCCAGAAGUGCCUUCAUAAGUUUCGAACAGCUGUUCUUGUAGUCCAAGUUAUUCGCAAUCUCAUAAAAAUUUAUAGGGACUACGCGGCGUCCAGAGCUGAGCCGAUCUCAUUCAGCGAAUAUGUAACCUUUGAGACAGAGAAUGAGAGCCUUCUCUUCGAUCGAUCUUUUUUUAAAGCUAAAAUGGAGAUGGCCGUUAGCUCUGAAGCACAGGUGAUCCUAUCGAGUCCUCCAGAGAAGCGUUCGUCAGAAGGAAUAAAACUGGCCAUGCUUUCCUUGCGAGCAACGGUGAGCUCUUUUGCUGGAUAUCCAGUUCUUAUCCAAGAGAAAAUAGCCAAGUUUGGUUGGUAUGAGCGUUUUGAACCUGGAAGAGUAAUCAUCAGACAAGGUCACGUUCCUCAGAACUUCUACCUGAUCCUCUCGGGCACCGCCGUAGUUACCAGAGUGUCUCGGAAUAAAAAGACCGGGGAAUAUUGCUCGAACACCAUAGCCUUCCUCAGAAAAGGAAAAUACUUUGGGGAUGUGGCCAUUUUGACUAAUGCCAAGAGAAAUGCCACGGUUGUAUGCCAUGAUACUGUUUCCCUGCUAGCCAUAGCCAGACAGGAUUUUUUGAACAUAUUUUUGAACAGCGAGACAAAGGAGGGACCUGAAUACAUGAAACUACUAAGUAGCAUUGACUUGCUUACUGGAUGGCCAGUACAUAAACUACCGUACAACAAUCCAAGAAUAUGUGUCCAUACCUUCUACAGACCAGGAACCGUUAUUACAAAAGACUCGAAGGCGUCUUCUAAAAUAUAUGUGAUCAAAACAGGAUCAGUGCGGGUGUUAAAAUCUAUGGCAAACCUGCAGUCAUUGUCAUCAAAAAACGACAAACGGCAUGGUAAAACAACAAGUAUCGAAGAAACUCUGAUUGGAUCGCCUACCAAGAAAAAGGAAACCGAGUCUGCGUCUUGUUCCAGUAAGGAGCAUCUUUUACCUGACUUACAAAUGGAGAAAAACAACCCUAACAGCGCGGAAGAAAACACACGAAACAAGAACAUUACAGCAAAUCAGCCAGUGUUUUCAGCGCUAGCCGAGGAUGAACGGGGCGCUUCCCCGAUAUUUAUUCAUAUCCAAACUCUCACAGCAGGGGAUGUUUUUGGUCUGGCUUAUACGGUUUAUGAAGAUACUCUCGGCAUGGCGUUAGUUUCAGACGGCGCGGAGUGCAUUAUAAUAUCUAAAGAGUUCUUCAAGAAGCAUAUGAGUGAUGAAUAUCAACAGCGAUUAUCCAGGCAGAUCCAGCCAUAUCCCUCCAAGGAAAUGUUACAGCAAAAAAUGGAAGACUACAUUAAAUGGAAGACAUACAAAGCUCUUCUCACGAAAAAGAGUCGCUGACCACGCUCAGUGACAUAGUAUUCUUCUCAGCUAAUGAACAAUUACAUGUAAUGUAUAGAACGUAACAUUC